AUGGCGUCGACAACCACGGAGGAAAAGCUCAUGAAGCUGAAUCCAACAGCUACAGAUGCGAACAAUUACAUUAAUACUGAUACCACUGCGAGCAAGCCGGCUCCACCUUCGUCAACAGAGGCUGGACAGGCAAUUGAACGAGAAAAAAAACUAGACCGGAGGCAGACUGAGAAGGACAGUGUAGAGAGCAGCAAGGUUGAGCGCCCGGUAGUAGAUGCAUCGUACGUAGGGUGGAAGCAAAUCGGCGGGUGGGAAGAGCGCGACCGACUCACCGAAGAUGACCUGCACUGGGAGCUUGACAGAGAAACCUUUUUAAGCCAUGUGCUGCCUGCUGCUGCGUAUGGCGACUGGUAUCACUCCGUGGGGAUAUUCUUCCUCGGCGGAUUUUUAUCGUUUGCGUUGGGCUACUUCAAGUUCAGUUUAUCACCUGUAUUCUUCGUAAUGGUUUUGACGGCUUUGCUAUACCGUACAUCGAUUUGGAAGUACAGAGGGUCGAUAAGGGAACUGGUGCAGAAGGAGCUCACAGUGCAGAAAGUAGAGGAUGACUACGAGAGCAUGGACUGGCUCAAUAACUUCUUGGAUAAAUUCUGGACCAGAAUAGAGCCCAACAUUUCCGUGAUGGUUGUGGAUCAGGUGAACCAUGAAUUGGCUAAGAACCCGUCUGUGCCGGGGUUCAUCAAGUCACUUUGGAUCGAUCAAUUCACACUUGGUGUUAAACCACCUCGGAUUGACUUUGUUAGAACACUUCAAAAUACCGAUCCAGACGUUGCUGUCAUGGAUUGGGGUCUGUCUUUUACGCCUCGGGAUCUGAAUGACCUCGACGCAAAGCAGCUGAAAAACUUUGUCAACCAAAAGGUCAUCGUUAAGGCGAAGCUAUUUGGUAUUACGAUCCCCGUUGCAGUUCAUGACAUUGCAUUUAAGGUGCAUGCCAGGGUCAGGAUGAAGAUGAUGACCGCAUUCCCUCAUAUAGAGACUGUCAACAUUCAAUUGAUGGAUGUGCCAGACGUGGAUUUUGUCUUCAAGCUAUUUGGUGACUCUAUUUUCAACUGGGAGAUCAUGGCUAUCCCUGGUCUACUGCCAUUUGUCAAGGAAAUGGUUAGGAAAUAUGCUGGACCAAUGCUAAUGCCACCAUUCUCGUUCCAAUUGAACGUGCCACAGCUAUUGUCAGGCUCUGCUCUCUCGAUAGGUGUCUUGGAAGUCAAUGUACGUGAUGCUCUCAAUCUCAAGUUUGGCAGAUCUAUCCUUCUAGAAGAGUUAGAUACUUACUUGGAAUUUUCGUUCAACUCCAGAGUUGUAGCGACCACUAAGUCUGUUGCACACGGUUCUUCUCCCAAGUGGGAUGAGCAGCUACUUAUUUUGUUGGACUCCUUUACCGAUCCUUUAUCCAUAACCCUGUACAGCAAGCGUCCAAAGCUGAACGAUCGUGUGCUUGGUAGUAUCCAAUACAACUUAUCGUCUUUGCAUGAGAAGCACCAUCAGAGGAAUUGUACAGGGAAGUUCCUAAAGAACUCCAAGCCAAUUGGAGAAUUGAACUUUGAUUUGAAUUUCCAUCAUACAUUGGAAUCCAAGAAGCUGCCAGAUGGCACCAUCGAAGAUAUGCCUGACUUGAACACAGGUAUCACCAAGAUUGUGGUGGAAGAGGCUCGCAGCCUACGUGGCAGCUCAUCUAAAGAUGUCUCUAGUUUUGUCGAGCUUUAUAUCAAUGCAAAAUUGGUUGAAACUACACAAACUGUUUCUAAAGAUGCGAAUCCGAAGUUUGAUACUUCUCAUGAAAUAGUUAUCACUGAUCGUCGCCGGACUAGAAUCAAGUUUGUUGUAAAGGAUGCUAAGGGAGGCGUCAUCUCCACUACACUGCAAUCGCUGAACGACUUGAUUGAUAGGACACAAGUCGACAAGAAAUGGAUUCCGCUACCCGGAAACAAUGGUGAAUUGAAAGUUACUACUCAUUGGAAGCCUGUUUCCUUGGAUGUGGGCUCCGAAUCAGGAUCAUAUGUGCCCCCAAUAGGUGUACUCAGAGUCUUCCUCAAUAAAGCCGAGGAGCUGCGCAACCUAGAGAAGUUUGGUAAAAUCGACCCAUAUGCAAGGGUGCUUGUUAAUGGCGUCAACAGAGGUAGAACGAACGCUAUUAACUCUACUCUGGACCCUAUCUGGAACGAGGCGAUCUAUAUACCAAUUUCAUCGCCGAACCAGAAGGUUACAAUCGAAUGUAUGGAUGUUGAAACAGCUGAUAAAGACCGUACCUUGGGCAAGUUUGAUAUUAAGACCUCGGAACUUUUCCAAAAGGGUGCGGACGAUCGGUAUGUGGAAUUUAUUGACGAAGAGCCGAAGUUUGGCCGUCUGGUAUCGAAUAAGGGCGCGAAGGGUACUGUCACAUAUUACCUAUCGUUCUACCCAGCCCUUCCUAUUCUAAGCAUGGAGGAAAUCCACGAAAUGGAUGCGAUCAAUGAAAAUAGGAAGAAACUGGAAGCUGAGAAGGCUGCGUUGGAUCCGAAGACUACCACACAAGAGCAAAUGAAGAAGAUAGAAUCAGCUGAAUCCGAACUAAAUGAACUCGAAGACUUGUUCAGCAACAAAAUGAAGCUAGAUCUUGAUGAACUUCUGCAGUACAACAGCGGUGUUUUUACCUUUAACAUCCUAGGUGGUGAGCUUCCUCAAAUUGGCAGCUAUGUACAGGCGUUUUUUGAUUCCAUGGGGCAUCCGAAGUAUUCUUCACAAAAGUUUUCUACCAAAACUAUCAGACCAGGUUCUACUGCUGGCGAUUGCAUGAUUAAGGAGCUGGAAUGGUCUGUGACCACUUUUAGGGUAACAAAGAAUCCAAGUAAUAACAGGGCUGAGAACUGCCUGUGCGAGGUUUCCAUUCCAACCAUAGAACUUUUGAAAAACUGUUACUAUAAACCUUCGAUCGUUACACUAACUGGCUCUGCGUCCGCCAAAGUGAUGUUACAGGUCGCUUGGUUCCCUGUCUUGGCGUCGAGAUUGCCACAAGCAGACUUGAUUACGAACACUGGCGACCUAACACUGGAGGUUCUAAAUGCAGUCAGGCUCUUACCUGCUGACCGGAACGGCAAGUCCGACCCUUAUGUCAAAUUCUACCUCGACAAUUCAGAUGAGGUAAUAUACAAGACCAAGACCCAGAAGAAGACGCUUGAACCUGUUUGGAACGAGAACACAUCCCUGCAGUUGAAUAACCGGAUUAACAACUACCUGCGCAUCAAGGUCAUGGACUGGGAUGCCGGAAACAGUGACGAUCUCAUUGGCACCGCAACCAUCGCUCUAGCUGAGGUGGACCCAGACAGUGAAACCCCAAUGGAAGUCCAGCUAACUGGUCCUAACGGCGAGGACGGUGGUAUUCUUUACUUGAACUUCAAAUUUUCUCCUAGGUACACUGUCUCUGUUACCAAGGUGGAGACAAAGGUUGGCGAUUUUGCCAAUAAGGGCUUAUCCGCUGGUCUGUCCGCCGGUACUAGUGUCAUAGGCGGUGGGUUGGGCGCAGUGGGCAAGCUCAAAAAGGGAAUCCUCGGAGGAGGGAAGAAGAAAGAAAAGGAUCAUGAUAAUAAAGUAAACGAUUAA